GGAAAAGUCAUCUUGAAUGGUUUCCUGAGAUGGAGACACCAAGACCCGGGAAGACUGUUGAAGGCCAUGGUCAGCAGGAGGUGUAAAUCCAUGCAGUCCACCUGUAGUCGGCAGUCUUCACCGUUUUAUGACAUUGUUUCCCUAGCUGCCUGAUCCCAAAUGCCGUCCUGGUCAGGUGAAGCAGAGAACAGUCACUCUACCAAGCUCAUACCUUGAUGGCCGUUCCAUGAAGCUAAGACUGGAUCUCUUCUCCCUGCCAUUCCCCCAAUGCCUGCUCUUUCAUGGUUGGUUUGGAGGCCUGUGCUAUGGCUUCAUCCUCCUCCGUCCCAGCCUCCUCCACUCAGUCCAAGAAGCCUCGAGACAAGAUAGCUGACUGGUUCAGGCAGGCUCUGUUGAAGAAGCCCAAGAAGAUGCCAAUCUCCCAGGAAAGCCACCUCAGUGAUGGUUCACAGACAGCCACACAGGAUGGUCUCUCACCCUCCAGCGGCAGUUCACCUCGGAGUCAUAGUUCAUCCCAGAGCCAAAGCUCAACCCCGAGCUGCAGUUCAGGAAUGUCUCCUACCUCACCACCAACACACGUGGACAGCAGCAGCAGCAGCAGCAGUGGCCGUUGGAGCAAAGACUAUGAUGUCUGUGUGUGCCACAGUGAGGAGGAUUUAGAGGUGGCCCAGGAGCUUGUCUCCUACUUGGAGGGUAGCAAAGCCAGUCUACGCUGCUUCCUGCAGUUUCGGGAUGCAGCCCCAGGUGGCGCCAUUGUUUCUGAGCUAUGCCAGGCGCUGAGUGGUAGUCACUGCCGCGUGCUGCUCAUCACCCCAGGCUUCCUUCGGGACCCCUGGUGCAAGUACCAGAUGCUGCAGGCCCUGACGGAAGCCCCAGGGUCGGAGGGAUGCACUAUACCCCUGCUAUCCGGCCUGACCAGAGCCGCCUAUCCACCGGAACUCCGAUUCAUGUACUAUGUGGAUGGCAGAGGCCAGGAUGGUGGCUUUUAUCAAGUCAAGGAGGCUGUUAUACACUAUCUGGAGACACUAAGUUGACACUUAGAGCUUUCAUGAGGAAAACUGGAAAUAGUUCACAGCCAUCGUUAGUCCAGUAAUGGCAGGAGGCAUCAGGAGCCAGAGCCAGCUGCAUUCUCUUCAUGACACAGGAUCAGAUUGCCACCAGCUUCCAUUACUGAGGGCUCUACAGAACUGCCAGGCAGAAGAUGGGGCCCACCCCUGAAAGGAGACCAGGAAGAAGAUGGGGACUCCCCAAGAAGGGCAGGAGGAAGUCAGGGACUCUCCCCAGGAAGACCACAAGGAAGUCAGAAAUUCAAGUUGUCAAGAGACUAUGCUAUCAGGAAGGUCAGCAGUCUUGUCUGCUGCUUAACUGGAUAGGAAGCUGACACACGGCUGUGUGCUUUCCCUGGCAUCAGGCACUGGGGGAACAGGUACCACUCCUCAAGAGGGAUGAGCCUGACAUUGCCCAGGGAAGCUGAGAAGAGGUGGCAAGUGUCCGGUCCUCACACAUACACACUACUGCUCUCUUUCCCAGAGACAUCGACUCACUUCACAAAGCCGGAUAACACAUUCAGCCCCACACUGAAUUUCACCUAUUGAAAAAAUGUUAUUAAAAAUGCAAUCCUAGGGGCUUCAGAGAUAGCGGCUCAGGGGUUGAGAACUCUUACUGCUUUUGCAGAGGAUCCAGGUUCAAUUCCCAGGAUUCACAUGGCAAUUCACAGCCUUAUCUAUAACUCUGCUUCCAGGGGAUCUGAUGCCUUCUCUGACCAGGAUCUCCUGGGGCACUGGGUACACAUGUGGAACACCUAUAUAGAUGCAGGCAAAACAAUCAUACACAUAAAGAACUGUUUUUUAAAAAUUAGAAAUGCAAACCUAGGACUGUAGAUGGAGUCCAUGGUAGAACACUUGCUUAGCAGGCCUGAGGGCUUGGAUGCUACCUCCAGCACCACCAAAAGAAAGAAGCAAGCACAGACCCGGAAACGGCUCUGAAUACAUAAACAGGUAGGGAGAAGGGAAGCCAGGGUGUGGGGCUCAGCUGGAUCAAAACCAACAGAUCAUGGGACACCUGGGCCCUCAGACAUCUGCUAGAGCCCAUGUUUCACGGUACCUGGCUUUAUGUUGAACCGAGAGGAACCGAUGUUCUCAAGCUAGCACCAGAGUGCAUUCCCAGGGAGAGGCAAGGUGUUGCCUGUGUUCUCAAUAGGAACAGAAACAUGGUCAGCUGAAUGUCCUUGUCUCCCCUGGCGUGUACCUUGAGCCUCUUUUUUUGACACAUCCUUUUACUAAAAAAAUGUUUUUAAAUCACGGGUUCCUUUCUUUCUUCCUUCCUUCCUUUCUUUCUUUCUUUUUUGUUACAUACAAAACAUCUAAAGAAUACCAUACCAUACUCAUGCACCUACUGCCUAACGUAAGAAAACCUUAUCACUAAUAUGCUUGUUUCCUUUGUGUCCUGAAUUCCAGGCCCUUCAAGUUUCCUAACAAAAAUAACCAACUAUUCUGAGUCUUGAAUUAUUUUGAGCUGUUCUUUGUUUUGUUUUUUAAAGAUUUAUUUAUUAUCUAUGUAAGUACACUGUAGCCGUCUUCAGACACACCAGAAGAAGGCAUCUGAUCCCGUUACAGAUGGUUGUGAGCCACCAUGUGGUUGCUGGGAUUUUAACUCAGGACCUCUGGGAGAGUGAUCUUAACCACUGAGCCACCUCUCCAGCCCAUUUUGAGCUUUUCUAUAUGAAGUUUCCAUAGAUGUAUGCUACCCGGAAACAUUUGAUUUUAUGAUUUUAUCUUCUAUACAGAUUGCAUCAUGUGUGUUUCCUUUGUUUGACAUGUUUGCAAGGUGUGUCCAUGUUGCUGUGUCACUUGUGGGUUUCCUUUUGUUUAUGUAAAUCAGCAGUUUUCCACCCUUUGGGGUGGAACGGGUUGCAUAUCAGAUAUCCUCCAUAUCAGAUAUUUACAUUAUGAUUCAUAACAGUACCAAAAUUAUGGUUAUGAAGUAGCAAUGGAACUAAUUUCAUGAUUGUGGUCAAACUACAUGAGGAACUAACUGUAUUAAAGGGUCACAGUGUUAGGAAGGUCUCAACUACUGCUUUAAGAUCACCUUAAAGUGAAUUCCAGGGACUUCCUCUCUAAAUUUUUAGUUACAAACCUGUAAUUCAUGAGGUUUGGUUUCUUUCUUUUAACCAUGAGCUUACUUUUUUAUGUGCAUUGGUGUUUUACAGGAAUGUCAGAGUGAGUCAUAUCCCCUGGAUCAGGAGUUACAGACAUUCGUGAGCUGUCAUGUGGGUGCUGGGAAUUGAACCCAGGUCCUGUAGAAGAACAGCCAGUGCUCUCAUCUACUGGGCCUUCUCUCCAGCCCUGCAUAGUAUCUUUUAAAGCUAUAUUUUCCUCAUAAUAUAAGAUACUGCCCAUGAAGCUGUCAUCAUUGCUUUCUGUGUCUUACAAAGGCCUUCCUGUCUUAUUCCACAUUUUCUUCUACAUUCAGUCCUGAAAAGAAGUUGAUCUCAUUUUCUGCCAAAGUGUUUCUGUUCACAUCUAGACCUUUCCUCUAGUCGAGUUCUUGCUGUUUGUCCGUUUUCUGUUUUUGAUUUUUUAAAAAUGGUAUGUAGCCCAAACUGACAUCCUCCUCAUUCAGCUUCCCGGAUGCUGGACUUUUUUUUUUUUUUUUUUUUUUUUUGUUCUUUUUUUCGGAGCUGGGGACUGAACCCAGGGCCUUGCGCUUCCUAGGCAAGCGCUCUGCCGCUGAGCUACAUCCCCAGCCCCGUCUUGUAAGCAGUAUAAACUGCCGUGCCUAGCGUAUUCUUGGUUGUCAGGUUAAAAUCAAUUCCUUUAUCUUAGUGUCCGCCCCGCCUGUCCUCACUGGUAUCUGCGAUUUUUCUGUUUGUUUGAGACAAGAUCUCACUAUGUAUCCCUGGCUGGCCAAGAAUGCACAAUGCAAACAGACUGGCCUCAGUCUCAGAUCUGCCUGCCUCUGCCUCCCCAGCGCAGUGCAUCAGCACGCCCGUAGACUGCUGCCGUGUGCUGUCAUGUGAACACGUCCAUUGCUGGUUCUCUAGGCUCUUUCAGGUAUACCCUGUGUUAGUGCCAUGGCAUCCUUUCAAAAGCUUUAAUGCCCUGCGGGCCAGUUCUUCCCACCCGUCUUGUUCAUCGUCUAAAUCAUUCUGCCUUUUCUUAAUUCUUACCUUUCUUUCUGUGUUGUUUAUUCAUAUACUUCCAGGUUCCGGGGAAAGUGUAUUUUUCUUGGAGUUGUAUUCAGUUAUGGAUUUGACUAGGAAGAAGAGGUACUCUCGUGAUAAAGCCUUCCUAUUCAUAAGGGAGCAUCACCACUUAGGUCCUUAAAUGUAUUUCAGUAAAUUUGAAUAAUACUUUU